AUGUUUUACAUUGCUCGGUCAAUUGUUGAUGGUACACCGUAUGAUUUGUCUGUCAACAUUCAGAAUCGAAGUCGUUUGGGUGAUGACUUUUGGAAUACCGCUGAUGUAUAUUCUCGAAGUGAUACUGGUAUGAAUUUCCUGUGGCAUAAAGGGUUAAUAGGACCAUUAAUACGAGCUGGGAUUAAUCCCAAUGACUGUCUGGUAUCCAUAAUUUGUGGUGGAUUUGAGGUUUCCACAGUCUACUGUGGUGUUGGCCAAGUGCGGGUUGGAGUUGUUUCAAGAGUUAAGACUCAGCGGCCUGGUACUCGUUUUCAUGUUCGCGGGAUAAAUGAUAAUGGCGAUGUAGCAAAUUUUGUAGAAACAGAACAGAUCUUUCAUUUAAGUGUGCAACAUCAUCUAAUGCCAUGA